GCAUAUGAUAUGCAUACCAUACCCAACACCAUGCAGCACCUUGCUACCAAUAUCGCGCCCCAUGCCCAACACCCACCACCACCUUCCUUGGCCCAUGCUGCAUGGGCAAGGGCUAGAGCUAGGGCUACCUGUGCUCUCUCCGGACACCGCUCUCGCCAUUCGUGUCGGUCCCGCCAUGUGAAGGCUCUCGCCUCUUGCUCCCAGGGAAUCUCCAACGGCAACAUCAUCGGCCAAGACACACAGCUAAGGACGGACAAGUUCUUCCAACUGGAGAUGACAGUCCAUGACAGCGAGCUUGACCAGUAUGGAGUCGUUCACAAUGCCAUGUAUGUCGUCUACAUCCACAAAGCUCGAGAGGAGAUGGCUGCGAGCAUUGGCUUCAGCAUGACCUCCAUAGCACGCACCGGCAACGCCAUGGCAGUCUUGGAACUCAACCUCAAGUACUACAAGCCUCUCCUACGAGGCGCCAAGUUUGUUGUCAAGGUGAGGCUUGUCCAGAUAAAGGGCACGCGGAUACUCGUCGAUCACAUCAUCGAGACGCUGCCGGACCGCACGCUUGUUUUGGAAGCGACGGCGACCGUCGUCUGCCUGAACAAGGACUACCGGCCGACCCGCGUCUUCCCGGAGAUGUCGUCCAAGCUGCAGCGCUUCUUCUCGUCCCAGGAUGACGAUCAGUUUACAAGCUAUAAAGUGUUGUGCUAGUAAUUAAAUUUCCUGUGCAUGGUACGGUGUUCUAGUCACAAGAUGUUCAUCCUGCUUGAACCUGUUAGAAAAGAGGUGUGCUUAGGUACACCCCCCUCACAAAACGUACGAAGGAAAACGUAUAUCCAUCUUGUAUUGUACAUUACAGGUCGUCGUAUGUAUGUAAUACAAGAUGAAUAUACAUAUGACUAUUAAUAU